AUGAAGUUAAACGCUUUCACUGUCACGGCCAUUAUCGCCAUCCCAUGCGUCACUGCAACAGGCGGUAACAAUUUCACUCGCCGCUGCAGCCGUCUUCUCCAAAUCUUCAAAUUCUCCAAUACAAAAGUCCUCACCUCUGGCUACACUCCCAAAGGCACAAACAUAACCUAUCCAAACCUUCAUCCAACAUGUGGACAAAACUGGGUAAUCGCGGAGACAAAUAUGUGUCGCUUGACUCUAAACGUCACUACAAGUUCAACUUCUAAUGUAAUCAUGGAAGUCUGGAUGCCUGAGGAUUGGAAGAGUUCAGGACAGAGAUUUGCUAUGACGGGGAAUGGAGGGGUUAGUGGGUGUGUGACUCUCAGUGAUCUUGCUUUUACAGCUUCGUUGGGGUUUGCGGCUGUGGGACAUAAUAAUGGACAUGAUGGGACUUCUUCGGCACCGUUUCUGGAUAGACCUGAGGUUAUCAAGGAUUUUGCUUGGAGAGCCACCCUCACAGCCACCCAAGUAGGCAAAGCCGCCACGAACUUCUUCUACCAAACCUCUCUCACAAAAUCCUAUUACUGGGGUUGUUCCGGGGGCGGAAGACAAGGCCUAAAAAUCGCCCAAGAUUUCCCCGAAGAAUACGACGGAAUCAUAGCCGGAGACCCAGCCGCCGAUUUCCACCGUCUAGUCGCGAGCGGGCUAUACUACAGUUACCAAACAGGACCUCCAACUUCUCCGACAUGGUUAAGCUUCGAACAAUGGAAAGCCGUUGACGCAGAAGUUCUAGCGCAAUGUGAUACCAUCGAUGGCGUUGCGGAUAACGUCUUGGAAGAUCCUUUGAAGUGUAAACCUAGGUUUGAGAAUAUGCUAUGCGGCCAGUUGGAAACUUGGGGUACACAUCAGUGUUUAACAACCGACCAGGUUUCUGCGGUUGAAAGGAUAUAUUCGCCGGUGUAUGGGAAUAAAGGACGGUUCUUUGCCCCAGCUGUUCAACCCGGUAACGACCAAGUAUUUGGAUUCUAUUUAAUUUACGGAGCUCCCUCGGAGCUAGGGGAGGAAUACAUCAGAUAUGCUAUUAAGAACGACGCAACCUGGGAACUCCCACCUACGCUCGAUGAGUUUCUUGAUAUAAUGGACGACCUCCUCGAUCACGAUCCUUAUAAAACCUCGGCCAACAAUCCAAACCUAACACCACUUAAAAACAGCGGUCACAAACUCCUCGUCUAUCAUGGUACAAGCGACGGUUACUACUCCCACGAAAACACCAUAAAACUCUACGAAAACACUGCAAAAAACAUGACGUUGAAAGCUAGACAGCUCGACGAUUUUUACAGACUAUUCCCAGUCACUGGUCUAAACCAUUGUAAUGGCGGAAACGGGGCAUGGUAUUUUGGAGGAUCCGGCCAGAACGGUCUUGGUAUUUCGGGUGUCAAUCCGAGUGAGAGCAUACUCAUGAAGAUGGUCAGAUGGGUAGAAAAUGGAGAGGCACCGGAUACAAUAAGAGGAUACCAGAUUAAUCCAGCAACUGGUAAACCAGCCGGCGCGAUAAGGGAGCAUUGUAGGCAUCCAUUGAAGAAUACGUACAAGGGCAGCGGUGAUCCAUUGUUGCCUGGGAGCUGGGAGUGCAAGUUAGGAACAAAGUAUCUGUGA